CCAAUAGAUAACAAAACGAGAAGAAGAAAGAGAGAGAAACCCCAAGGAAAAAGUUGGCCACCAUGCAGGUGUCUUUUGUGUGUUCAGAACACAGCCUGAAGGGUCGAAGUGCCGAAGACCGGCUCAGUAGGCAGAAUGCCGGCAGCCCCAGCCUGGGCACCAGGAGCAAAUUCCGGGCAGUGGCCAUGGUAGCCCGGAGCCUGGGACAGCUGUCCGUGCACAACGUUCCUCCGUCCAGCGACGCCAACAUGAAGCAGCCUGGGAUGAAAUAUAGGUAUGAGGAGAAGCCACACUCCCCUUUGGGGAGUGGGUCUCUGUUCAGAGGCGUAGCGUGGAAGCUGGUAAGUCUGCAUUUCUUGCCGGAUGACCGGCUGGUCAGUGCCAGCUCUCCCUACGGCAAACUCCCCGUGCUGCACAGGCAGCACCCCAUCAUAACCUCUUCCCCCUCGCUUUCCCUUUCCUUUAUGACAGAGACUGUCCGAGCCAUGACGCAUGUCAUCAACCAAGGAAUGGCCAUGUACUGGGGCACAUCCCGCUGGAGCUCCAUGGAGAUAAUGGAAGCGUAUUCAGUGGCUCGGCAGUUUAACCUAAUCCCACCAAUUUGUGAGCAAGCGGAAUAUCACAUGUUCCAGAGGGAGAAGGUAGAGGUGCAGCUCCCAGAGUUGUUCCACAAGAUAGGUGUGGGUGCAAUGACAUGGUCUCCUCUCGCAUGUGGAAUUGUUUCUGGAAAAUAUGACAGUGGGAUCCCGCCCUACUCAAGGGCCUCACUGAAGGGAUACCAGUGGCUAAAGGACAAGAUCCUGAGUGAGGAGGGCAGACGUCAGCAGGCCAAGCUGAAGGAGCUCCAAGCCAUCGCCGAGCGCCUGGGCUGCACACUCCCGCAGCUGGCCAUCGCCUGGUGUCUGAGGAACGAGGGCGUCAGCUCCGUGUUGCUAGGUGCCUCCAACGCAGACCAGCUAAUGGAGAACAUUGGUGCGAUACAGGUCCUUCCCAAAUUGUCGUCUUCCAUCAUCCAUGAGAUUGAUAGUAUUUUGGGCAAUAAACCCUACAGCAAAAAGGACUACCGAUCCUAAUCCUCCCGUCCUCCCUCCCUUCCCAACCUGGAUCUGCCUGGACAGUUACUGUUUCCCUCCUAGUCUCCUGUUCGCUUGCUUAAGCUGUUAUUGAAGCAAGGUGAAGCCUGUGCUUUUGCAUCCAAGAAUCCAUGUCGAGAUGUCCUAGGGAAGAUCUUUCAGACGUUGCUGUGAGACAACAUAUGCUGCUUUACUCUAAUAAAAUUUAUUUCGUGCUCAAGAAA